UAGAGAGAGAGUGAAGGAAGGAACGCACGGAGCAUGUCGCCUCCCGUUGCUGCACCUCACUGUGGGAUCAGCUCUCGACCUUUCAGACUGUACACAUGAGCGCAGAAAGCUGUUUUACGCGUCUUCUCGCUAUGUGCGGCCCGGACGUUUGGAGGAGUUUACCAGCACCGCGCCUGUUCUGAGUGUUGAAGGGGGGAAAAGCAGGCUUGUCAUUGCGGGGAUUUUUGACUCAACUUGUCAGAGAAGUCGCUCGUUGCUUCUGCUGCUGCAGGAGGUGGUGGUGGUUGUGGUUUGCUCGGAGCUCCUUGCCGAGAAAGUGUGAAACAAGUGUCAGGAAGAGAGCAACAGAUGUUUUUUGUGGACAUGCGGCCGGCUGAGGAAUGAGAGCAGCAGCAGCGAGGCACCGGCGGCCCUUCCAGCGGUUUUGCUGCUGUGCAGUCGGGCUGGUCGCCGUCAUUUGGCUCGCACAGGUCAUCCAGGCACCAGAUAACGAGUCGUCUGGGUUCCGGCCAGGCGUGAACGACGGGACCCUGCGAUGGACGCGCAGGUUAAUGCAGGAGUCCUACAACCAGAGCCUGAAUGAGCCGCGAGCAGCCAUCCAUGAGUUUCCAGAAGACAUCUUUUCCAAGGAACAGAGGAAGAAUGGGGCUGUGCUCCUGCAUGUUCUCUGUGCCAUCUACAUGUUCUACGCUUUGGCCAUCGUCUGUGACGACUACUUUGUCCCUUCCCUUGAGAAAAUAUCUGAGAACUUGCAUCUCAGUGAAGAUGUGGCCGGAGCGACAUUUAUGGCUGCAGGAAGCUCUGCUCCGGAGCUUUUUACCUCUCUCAUCGGUGUCUUCAUCACUAAAGGAGAUGUGGGAGUCGGCACCAUUGUGGGCUCAGCUGUCUUCAACAUCCUGGUCAUCAUCGGCCUGAGUGGAAUCUUUGCAGGCCAGACGGUGGUUCUCACAUGGUGGUCUCUUUUUAGAGAUUCUUCCUACUACAUCCUGUCUGUAUUGGCUCUCAUCAUGGUUAUAUAUGAUGCCAAAGUUGUCUGGUGGGAGUCUUUGCUCUUGAUGACCAUGUAUGGCGUCUACAUCAUAAUCAUGAAGUUCAACACGCCAAUUUUAGCAUUUGUGACGCGCCGGUUAGGGAACGCAAGGCCGUGCUGUGUUAGAUCAGAGGAUCACCAAGACGACAAGAUGGGAGAAGACGGCUCAGCUUGCAACACCUCUAUGGUGCUUCUCAACAAAGGACAAUCCCAUGGUCAGGAGCCUCCUCCAGUCGUCAUGGUAGACGAGCUUCUCAUCCUCAACCCCCACAAGCUGUCCUUCUCAGAGGCCGGCCUGCGCAUCAUGAUCACCCCCCACUUCUCUCCCCGCACCAGGCUCUCCAUGGCAGGACGCAUGCUCAUCAGCGAGAGGCAGAGAUUAAUCCGGAACUCAAAGAGUCAACGGGAUGGGGAGGCCAGCCCCGGGUCAAGAGGUGGGUCAGCCAGAAGCAGUCUGAAGAGAACAGGGUCCUGCACUCUGGAGAACGGAGGCGGGAGACCCGGGAUAGGAGACGCAGAGUCUGGAGACAACCCAGGGGGCGAAGUGUGCCAGCCACCGGAGGAAGAUGAUGAUGAAGAUGGGAUUUUUAGUCCAGUGCGCAUACCAAAUGGCUGGUGUGCGCGGGUGAAGUGGGUGAUCACGUGGCCUCUGGGCCUCCUGCUCUACUGCACUGUGCCUAACUGUGUUCGGCCACGCUGGCACCGCUGGUUCAUGGUCACCUUUGUGGCUUCCACCUUGUGGAUCGCUGUCUUCUCCUACCUCAUGGUGUGGAUGGUCACCAUCAUUAGCUUCACUCUAGAUAUCCCAGACUACAUCAUGGGCAUAACCUUCCUGGCAGCAGGGACCAGCGUGCCCGACUGCAUGGCAAGUCUGAUUGUAGCUCGACAAGGAAUGGGGGACAUGGCAGUGUCUAACUCCAUAGGCAGCAAUAUCUUUGACAUCCUGCUGGGCUUGGGUUUCCCCUGGGCUUUACGCUCCCUGGUGGUGGACCACGGAUCAUCAAUUUCCAUAAAUAAUAAAGGACUUGUGUAUUCUGUUGUCCUUCUGCUGGCAUCUGUGUUUCUGACAGUGACAAGUGUUCAUCUGAACCACUGGAGGCUGGACCGCCGGCUGGGUCUGGGGCUUUUGUUCCUCUAUGCCAUCUUCCUGCUCUGCUCCAUCCUCUUCGGGCAGUUGUGAGGCCUUCAGGUCAAAGGUCGCCCCUGUCUGACACCAUGCUUAGUACCCACCUUUCCACUACAUGUCCUCUUUCCUCAAGCCAAAAAAAAAGAAGAGUGACAGUACUGUUGUGUUUUCCCUGUGAGAAUUCCUGUGCGCCUCUGUAGGAGUUGUUAGGGUGAUACUGUACACACGCAACUACAUGAAUAAGUCUUCUAGCACAAUUUUUAUUUUUUUGUUGUAGAUUUUGUACAGUGCAGGUUUUGAAAUCAGCCUUUAGGUAUGAAUUAAUGUAAAAAUUGUAAUGGAAUGAUAGAAGGAAACAGUGGGUUUAUUGGUAGUCAAACAACAAAGUGGUUCAAAACACAAAAUUAUCCUCAGUUUUUACACAGCUUUGCUUUUUCUAACAUUUGAUAAUAAAUAUACUUAUGGCAUACGUUUUUUACUAGUUUUAUGUUUAAAUAUUCAGCAACUAUUCUCCUUGUCUUCUGUUAUGUUCAUUUCCAAAAGUUUCAUUUUAAGACACAAUGGUUCUUGCUACAACUCCACCAAGUCAACUUGGCCUAGUAGUUAACUAGCUGUUGGUAAUUAUUUUUGAAAUGGAAUCCUUUGCUAUAACGGUUUCAUUAAAGCAAUAAGCCAGUAGAAGUUACUCAAUAAUUUUACUGUUUGAUAUUUUUAAUGUUUCUAGUCGGAAUGUAAUUGCCACCAAAUUACUUAUGAGAUCACUCUCUACAGAGCACAAGUCAUUUCUAAUAUAGAAUGAGCAUGUAUCUGGUGCUGAAUCCACAGAUGUUCUCCUCAGGCUACAUCUGGCAACACUAAUCAGUUUGAUUGGCGCAGUUGUGAUUUAACAUAAGAGAAUGACAUGUUAUGAGGAGACUAGGAUCAAAGCUGUAGUGGGUAUAAUAAGUAAUAAACAGAAAAAAGUCAUCUUCAAAGUAAGGACUAGGACAUCAGACAAGAGGCUGAAAUUCAACAUAACAUAUGCUGAUCAGACAUAACAUUAUGACCACCCUGCUAAUAUUGUGUAGGUCUCCCUUGUGCCUCCAAAACAGUUGGAGACAGACUCAUCAGAGAAUGGACAUGGUCUAGGUGAGUGGUACAAGUCUAAGUACUAUCCACAUGAAUGCCAGGACCAAACGUUUCCCAGCAGAACACUGAACGGUCAGUGUUAUUUACUGCUCCUGUCCGUGGUCAUAAUGUUGUGGCUGAUCAGUGUAUACAACCAUGUCAUGCUCAGGCCUAUUUUUAAAGAUUAAAAAAAAAAAAACUGUCAAGCCUUAGGUUUGAAUAGCCUUCUAUGUUCUGAAUGUAUAUCCAGGCUAACUUCAGCAUCAGUGUGAAGAUAUUUACAUGCAUUCAUAUGUAGCGGGAGGCACUGAAGUACCAACAGACAGUUAGGUACUUUUAUAGUCCAUAUUAAAAUGCCUCACUACUCAUAAGCAAGUAUUGAUAGAGCUUAAUGUACAUAAAGAGAUUAACCUAGUAUUACAGUAUUUUUUAGAAGCCUAAUAUAUAAUGUACUUCUGUGAGUGUCACAAACUUUGAUGAGUUUGAGUGCAGGCUAGUUGUAAUACUUCACGUUUAGGUACGACAAUCGAUGUUUGUAUUGUUUCUUAUAUAUUUUAAGAGAUUAUUUCACCUUGGUGGAACAUUUGUUUUUAGGAAACACUGAUCAGGACAGACGCGGAACAAUAUACAUGCACGCAUACAUUUACUUCAUGUGUGUGUGUAAUGGCAAAUAAUGUUGCACCCGUAUUUAUACCUGCUGCUCUGUCCUCAUCGAGGAAAAAUGAUAUACAACAAUGGAGACUCAGUCACAGAGUACAAUUCAUUUUAUUUUUUGAGGAAGACGAGCUUCAAGACUAAAUGUUCCAUCGAAGGAAUCUGAGUGAUUUUGUGUUUUCUUUUUGUUUUGUUUUUUUAAAUGGCUGUACAAUUAUUAUCAUUGUCUACUUGACAAAACUUUUUACUGUUUGUAAAUGUUAAAUAAUUGACCGUUUUACAAUAAUGAAUGUCUGACAGAGACUAGUUUUGUGGUGUUUUUGAUAUUUAAAAAAACCAAUGUAAACCUUUUUGUGAAUUAUUGUAACAGAAUGAAUGCAGGUUUUUGUCGGUGUGUUCACUGGACUAUGACGGCUGUAAUGUUAGACUAGCACUCUUGUAGCAUCCAGAUUUUCUCUUAUUUCAGUAUUGAUACCAUGACAUAUUUAAUGCAAGAGAGCACAGAAAAUGAAGCUCCAAUUACAUAAUCUUGUUAAAAUAAUUGUAAAAAUGGGUAGAACAAGGAAAAUCGUGAGUGAACAAAUAGUGAGUUACUUUGUGAUCAGUUUCGGUGUACAGUGUAGACAAAUUGCUGUUGUCAAAAUUUAGGCGUAUUCCUUCAUUUAAAUCCCAUUAAAUUGUCUGAUUUUAUUCCUCUUUUAGACACUGUUAAGAAAUAUACCUUAUAUUUCAAACUCACGCCAGGACAACUUGUACCAGGAAUAUUUGCAAUCAUUGCAUCUUAAUUGGGUUCUAGGGUGAUAGGUGUGCUGUUUAAAUGUCAACGCAGCAACUGAUGAUUAUCUAAUAAAUGUUAAUUCCAAAUAUGAAAGUACAGAUGUUAUACUUUUCUUAAAGUAAAGCGUAGCCAAGGUAUGAGAAAUUGGUGGAUUUUUGUGCAUGGCUCACAACUCACUCAAACUGUUGAUUCAGUGCUCAGUGAGAGGAUUUAUCAAUCUGAAAUUUGUUUCAGUGAAGCUAAACAUUCACUGGCGAGCGCUACAGGAUUUGCUGCUGUUUCUGUCCUAGACAACCAUAGACAAAUUGAGGUGAGCUUUUCUGCUAUUUUAUGGACUAAAUGAGUAAUUAAAGGUCCAGUGUGUAGUGUUUAAAUGGAUCAAUUAGAUGGGGCUGUAUAAUUGUGUAUAAUCACGUCAUUACAUAUGGUUCUCUAGGAAUGACCCCAUUAAUAUCCACUAAGAAAGGUUCUAUUCCACAUCUGUCCCUGAUUAGAAAAUUUCAGCUCAACAAUUUCAAUGGACUCUAAAUAAAAUGAUCUUAAAAGACAUAGACAUUUAUGUGUUCUAAAACAUUUUUUUGUGCGAAUUGAUUAAAUGAAAAGGUCCAAGAUAGACCCGUGUUUUUAUGUGGGCUGUUCGUAUAGACUUGAGAAACGAUCCGAUUAUUAAUAACAGUUACAAUUGAAUAAUCUGUUGAAUAAAAAAAUAACAGCUAACAUUCACGCCACCUCUUUUUUUUUUUCCAUUUAAAAACGUAUUCCUUCAUUUCAGUCCGGACAGAUCUGUUGAGGUGUUAUUGUUCUGAUUGGACUUAUUUCAGUUAUUAGUGGAACGCUGUCCGUAGUGUCUAUUUAAAUGGUGCACCUGGAAAGUCAGGGCUAUUCAAAUAGUUGCAAUCCACAACCUCACCACUAGAGGCCACUAAACUAUACACGCUGGUCCUUUAAUUGCAAAUUUAUUUACAAAUCUGAUUUUUACAGUUUACAACUUUGAAUGCAAUGUAUUUUAGAUAAAAAAAAUACCUGAGGCAGAAAUUAUUUUCCUCUAUCCAUCUUUGUAACACUACCUUCAACCAUUCACUGUGGAUGUUGUGAGCGGAUGUCGUACAGCCGUGUGUAACGCUAAUGUGUGGUUUUCUCUCGGCUCUUUAGAGCCGCUGCUGAACCUCACAGAGAUUCAGACAGCUGAACUCCAGUAUUUGUUGUGGUUUCACAGCACUGAAUGUUACGUUUAUUCUGCUGUGAGGUAGACGAUAUUUAGAGUAGAAUACUUCAGAUUUACAGCUUUAGAGAUUGUAUUUGAUCCUAGAGGACUGUUAUUGUAUUUUGAGUGCAAUAAAAAAGUGCAAUAACAAAUGAACCUGUUCUUCUCUGUAGGAAGCAAUGAUUCUGAAAGGAGGUGCAACCAAAGGAUAAGAAAGAGGUCAUUUAGUGUGUGACUGCCAUCUAAUGGAGUAAGGCAGAAAAAAACCCCAAAAAAAACCCAAAACAGAACAAAAACAAAAACAUUUUCCCCCUUCACUUUUCCGUCACAACAAAAUGUCUGCAGGCUGCACAAGUCGCAUAUGCUUUUGUCUUUUAAGUGAGGAUCUAAUUCCUUGAUGAGAAAAUAGAUUCAGAUUCAAGUUAAUGCCUAUUGGCCGACUCCCACUACAGUACAGUCCUUUCAUUUUCAACAUGGGAAAACUUCAACUUGGCCAUAAAUCAAAACAGGUCUAAAUGUAAUCCUGUAAAUGCAGUAAUUGAGUGCAGACGACAUGGUUUAAAAAAAAAAAAAAAACAGACAGCGGAUUAUAGUGCCUAGUAUUUUAUUUUCCUGAAGACAUUUCUGAACAAUAAAACAUUCCAUCACAAUCUAAAUGAAAGUCCACCUUAAAAGAAUUCACCUUAACUCUGUAAACCUGUGAUAUGGAUUCAAUCAUUGCUAGCUUAAUAAAUUCUCUCCCAAAACUAAAAACAAGAAAAUCACAAUCUGUUUGUUAUAAUUUUUAAACCUAAUUACAUGACUCUAAUUUGCUGCUUGUUUGGAACCAUUCAGCAUCUUAAUUACACAAGGAAUCUCUUAUUUUGAGGUUUGGAAGAGAGCAGCUCUGUAGAGACCAUGACCACAGGAUUUACUAAAAAGCAGCUUCCACUCAAGUCCCAAAACGUCCCACACAUCAGGUACGCAAACAUCAUCGAUGAAUACAAAAACAACCAGCAAAAUAUUCUAGUAGCCGCUGUCUCUAGAUAAAACUGUAAGUUUAAAAUGUGAUGAGAAAAUAAACCAAGUUAUACUUGUGUAAUGCUUUAGUAAUUGUUAGUUGGCUAUUGAAAAGACAUGAUAGCAUGGUUAAUUUAUAUUACACUUCCCAACACCUUUGCCGACCUAACGCUGAGAUAACUAUGUAGAUAUGAGAGUGCACACAAUUACCCAACAUGCACUUGUUUAACCGUAGAAUAUGCAGUUACUGAAGCAGACGCUGCAGCCGUCCUUACUAUCUGUCCCCCUGCCUGUGCCCUGUCCAUCUACAGCAUGUUUAACCCUUAAAAUACUGUUUCUGUUUGAGGUAAAGUAACUGCUUCAGCAGUUCAGCCAGCGUUUGUCUUUAGCCUUGCCACAGAAGGAAACCAUUGCAUAAUAAAAUUAUGAAAGCGCUGACAAAAAAAAAA